AUGCUGGGAGGCGCUGGACACACUGCAGUGAGUGAGCUGGACGUGCCGGACGUGCCAGACCCCGACACUCACCUCAGCGUGGUUGAGAUUUCGGAAGCAAAGACGUCUUCCUCAACUGCUGAGUUGGAGGAUCAGACAUUUACUCCCGAAGCCAAAACACCUUCGACGAAUGCUGCGCCGACCAAAGUUCUGUUCCUCGACGGAAUUCGGGGCCUAGCUGCCAUUUUGGUAGUCAUGCAGCACUCACACGAGUUUCCCACGAACAGACUUCACCUGGGCUCAGUAGCUGUGGACGCUUUUUUCGUGUUAUCGUCGUUCUUGCUAACGUGGCUGUUCAUGAAGAAGAGCAUGAAAUUAUUAGCACAGCAAGCGGGAGCUCGCUCGUGGACAAUCGCGUUGCUAGACUAUUUCCAGAAACGCUUCUUCCGCGUGUAUCCGCUGUUUGCAGUGACAGCGAUCGUGCUUUCUUGCUUGUCAUUUGAAAACCAGCACCGCUACUUUCGCUUGAAGAAACCCGAAGACUACGAGCUGGGCAAGGUGCUAAUGUUCUACACAGGAUACCGUCCUCACGUGUUUUGGACGCUGCCGCUGGAAAUUGGGUACUAUUUUGUGAUUCCAGCUUUUGUGAUGGUUGCGCUGGGUUUGCGUCGAUACUGGUGGCUUGUCGCUGUUCCUUUGUCCGUAUGGGUCGUGCACGAAGGGUGCUACACGUACCGAACUAGUCACAUGGCCCUCGCUCCUCAUCUUCACACGUUCAUGGCAGGCUCUUUGGGUGCUGUAGUUUUCGUGAGGUCGGAUUUGUGGAUCAAAAAGACGGGGUUUAACUUUCGCUGGUAUCACACACUUGUCCUCCGAAUAAUGGAAGGCUUGGCUAUUGCGCUGAUGCUGAGCGUGUCCUUUCAAGGAUUAUUCUUUGACUGGGUCCACAAAGACCCAGUGCCAGCUUCCCAGGGGUUUGGCUUUGUCAGCGUGCAGAUGACAACAGUUUUUGUGAUUGAGAUGAUCCGUCCGUCUUGUAUUUCAACGAUGUUUGAGUGGAGCGUGUUGCGCUACUGGGGGAAAAUCAGUUUCUCAGUCUACUUGCUGCACUCUUUUGUUAUCGACUAUCCUCCGGUGAGUCACCAAAAGAAGUAUUUCAACCGAUUAUUCGCCCGAUUCGCUCUGAUUUUGCUGCUAGCGACAACAAGCUACCACCUCAUCGAAUACCCGUCGCAGUUGCUGGCUCAAAGAAUCUCACGUUUCCUAAAUGGUAGAGACGGAAAGGGAUCAGGAGAUGGCUUGAUAAGGUUUACGUGCAUGGAACGUAUCACUAAGAGAAAGCAAAAAGUUCCGGUAGAGGAGAAGUAAUUGUAUUUGUACAGCCGUGAUAUGUCGACUAAUAUGGCGGACAACUUAGGCAUUCGCUAACUUGUAAAACAAGUGUAGUGUGUUUUGAAA